AUGGCCGACACAUCUGCGAGAGACGAAUUCAGGGUCCUAAUCGUUGGCGGAUCCAUCGCUGGUUUAACGCUCGCCCAUGCUCUAGCGGCGCUAAACACCUCCCUCCAGAACGAUCCCCGUGCCAAAUCCGGGAUCAGAUAUACGGUGCUUGAGAAGCGUCCUUCUUUGACUCCUCAAGAAGGCGCCUCUGUCGGCAUCCUCCCGCAUGGCGGCCGGAUCCUUGACCAACUGGGCCUCUUUCAGAGGGUCGAGGAGGAGAUCGAGCCCCUGCACACAGCUCAUCUUCGCUUCCCCGAUGAAGGGUAUGUCGCCACGAACGAGUCUCCACGGGUGGUGGGUGAUAGAUUUGGACUGCCGUUUGCAUUUCUGGAAAGGAGAACUCUGCUAUGUAUUCUUACCGAAGCGCUUGAACUUGACAGACAGGUUCUCUGUAACAAAGAGGUUGUAGGGAUUGGGUUUGCUCAGCACGAGAAAGAAGGACAGGAAGCGGUCAUGGUCCGGACGAAGGAUGGAGGGCUGUACGAGGGGGAUUUGCUGGUGGGUUGUGAUGGGGUGCAUAGCAUUGUCCGACGAGAGAUGUGGAGAAUCGCCGCCCAGGAAGGCGAGAACAUACAUCCUGGUGAUAAAAAAGGCCUUACAGCAGAGUAUGCGUGCAUCUAUGGAAUCUCCUCUGCCGUGAAUGGCUUCGAGGCGGGCGAGCACGUUGCUAGCUUACAUGACAAUCGGUCUUUCUUGACUUUCCCCGGCAGCCAGAAUCGAACGUUCUGGUUUCUGAUCUGGAAACUCGACCGGAAAUAUCUCUACGACGAUGGCGAUAUGCCCCGUUUCACAGCUAGUGAUACGGCAUCCGUGGUCAAGAAAUACGCAAAGGACAUUAUCUGGAGAGAGGUUACGUUUGGCGACAUUUGGGAUCGGAAAACACGAUAUAACACAGCAGUCCUCGAGGAGAAUGUAUUUGACACCUGGCAUCACAAGCGCAUAGUAUGUAUUGGAGACAGUGUUCACAAGAUGGCCCCCAACACAGGCCAAGGCGCCAAUUGUGCCAUUGAAGACGCCGCUAGCCUUGCGAAUCUUCUCCACAAGGUUCUCAUCUCCAAUAAAAACGAAAACUCAAACAUGGAGCAGCUCGAUGUACGACUAAAGCAGUACACGACGGAGCGAGUUGGGCGUGUGAACAAAAUCUAUAAGGUCGCGCGGACGGUCGUCCGGUUACACGCUCGCGAUACUCUAUUCUAUCGUAUUGUCGGCCGCUAUGUGCUGCCAUAUGCCGGGAAUUUUCAAGCCAGAGCUGUAUCAAGGACUAUAGAAGAGGCUCCGAAGUUGGACUUCAUACCGGUAUCAGCCAGGGUCGCCGAUGCGUGGAGUGAAGGUGGUAUAGGUCAUGCGAGUAUCAUUUCACGUGUUGUUCUUGGAUUAUUAUUUGCAUUGGGAGUGACUUGGACAUGGAGAGCAACGGCGAGUCUCUCACUCAGCUAG